ACGGUUUUUCGCUGUUUGGCAACAGCAUGAUGGCGAUGCACUGGAAUUGCGGUGUUUAAUUAUUCGGGCCGAUAUAUAACCAUUCAGGCUUAUUUUGGUACUACGUAGUAGAAUAAUUAACGUUUCAUCGCGAAGUACAUCGUUUUUAUUUUUAGAGUAAAGAGUAACUAAUUUUUGUUUUAAAAAAAUGCAGCACGUAAGUUUUCUCGUGUGCGGCAUUGCUUUCACGAGUAUCAUCCAAUGGACCAUUCUGGAAGCGGUGUUAUUUCCACAUCCUCCGCCAAAACAUCAUAAAAAUUCGAAACUGCUUGCAGACGAUGCAUUUGACUUCCUGCUCUUUGUACAACGCUGGCCAGCAUCAGUCUGUGUAAAUGGGCAUUUCACCAGUGGAGUAUGUGCGUUCCUCCUGGGUUAUCUGCAACUGAUUGGAUAAUACAUGGCCUAUGGCCGUCCAAAUUCAAUUCCAGCGGUCUAGAGCACUGCCGUACCAUCCCCUUUAACCCUGAUCCCUUGCAACCGCUCCUCAACGACCUCAACGCCUUUUGGCCUAGUCUGACCGCUACGAAACGACCGGACAAAUUUUGGGGUCACGAAUGGAAGAUGCACGGCACCUGCGCCCAGAGCCUAGCUUCUUUGACUGGCGAACUGAACUACUUCCACCGCUCCCUGGAGUUGCGGGCGCAGUAUAAUCUGUACAACGUUCUCCAGGGGCAGAGUAUCGUGCCAAGUUCCAAUAGGACCUAUACCCAUGACGAUGUGGCCGGAGCCUUACAGCGACAGUACAAUAAGCGGAUUGGUGUUUAUUGCUCGUAUAGUAACGUUACAAGCCAGCACUACUUUGCGGAAGUAAGAGUUUGUCUGCAGAAAGAUUUAUCCUUGAUGGACUGCCCGGAUUACGUCACGCAUACCGAAGAAGCAUCAUCGUGUCCGAAAAGGAAGCCGGUGCUGUACCCUGUCUUCUCUCCCAGUUCGUUUUUCGAAAUACCUGUGCACCAAAAAGGACGUAGCAACAAAAAAGGAUAGAACUUUCCCCGAUAACGCUCGGUGUCAGGAUUGUGUUCCAAUGUGUACAAUACAUUCUGUAAAGUACUCGUACUUUGUGCGUAUGUUGAUUAUCAGGACGGUGGAAGACGGCUUUGGCAUAAUCUUCCAAAUAAAA